UUAGCAGUCGUGCAAAGGCUAAGCCGCUGCCCUCUGGGAGUGUAUCUUAGCUUAGCAGAAGUGCGAACGAAAGGAUCGCAGAGCGGCUACAAAAAUAAAUUGUGCAGUUUCAGAGUAGCUCCAGAACUACUCAGCACUUGCGAUCACUUCAGACUGUUCAGUUCCUGUUUUGACGUCUCAAACAUGCCAUGCGUUCAACAUGAAUGCUGAAAGCUCUAACGAUGAUGGACAACUAAUAAGAGAUUCACCAACAUUGCCAGAAGAAGAGCCUUCUGGGAAUGUAACAAAGGAAGACGGGGAUGAAUCAAUGGACCAGUUUAAUAAAAAUGAAGGACAAUCAGGGCCACAUGAACACCACCUUAUGACUACACAGGAGCUCCAGCUGUACUGGAAAAAGGAGAAGCACGAAGGGAAGCCUGUCAAACUUUUAUUUGAGAUCCAGUCCACCCGCAUUGCUGAGGAUUUUCUUUCCAAGUUUGUGGUGUACCAGAUUGUAAUCAUAAAGACUGGAAGUUUUGAUGGAACUAAAGCCUUCAUCGAGCGAAGAUACUCUGACUUUGAGAGACUUCACAGGAACUUAUUAAAAGACUUUCAAGAUGACAUGGAAGAUGUGUUGUUUCCAAAGAAGGUUCUAAUGGGAAACCUCACCCAGGAGAUGAUUAAUAAGAGAAUGUUGGCCCUUAAAUAUUACCUUGAAGAGUUGUACGCUAUAAGAUGUGUAAGAAAAUCCCGGAAGUUUAUUGACUUUUUUAUCCAUCCGGAGCUAGAAGAUGGAUACAGCUGUGUCCGAGGAGGGCAGUAUGGCAAAGCCAUAGAGACAUUUCAGCAGGUUGUAUACCUACAAGAAAAACUGGCACCACACUAUCCCAGCUUUAUGGUACCAUCACUGUGUGCCUUGGUUGUGUGUCAUAAAGACAUGGACCAAUCAGGAAAAGCCUAUGAGUUUGGACUAAGAGCACUGGAACUUCUAGAGAAACAUACCGGUCACAAAUAUUACAUCCCAUUGCUAGACACACUGAUUUCUUUGGCUUAUAAGCAGGGCAAAGACUUUGUUACUUUACAGGAAAAGCUACAAAAAGCUGAAAGAAAGAUGAAUAGAGGUUUUGAGCAUAAUAUGUUUACUGUAAAAGAACUAGUAGUACAGGAAAGUGUUCAAAGAGAAAAAUGACUUUAAAAUACAUUUAUGUAUGCUGAAAUAUUUAAUUGUGUUGUUUAAAAUGUAAUACAAAAAUGACUUCAAAAUUGUCAUAUAUCUGAAGUCAUCAAUUUAGCAUUCAAUAGGAAAUCUUGUGGGUGUAUUAUAAGAGAUUAUUAUGGGUAUUACAAGUCUCCUUGGAUUUCUGUAACUUGUAUAAAAGACUUUAGACAGUCACAA